AUGUCAAAACAGCGUACAAUUUUAAACCAACUAAACAAAUUUAUAACCAGCACACCAAUCAAAGAAAUGAAGGACUCUUCAGACUUUGAAUCUCAAUUAAAUAAGGAAAUUAUAAUGGCAAAGAAAAUCCAAGAAAACAAACACAAGAAAAGAAAAGUUACUGAUAAACAACUUCGCGAUCCUAAUGGUUUCAAAUUACGUAUUAAUGAUUCCUUAAGUGGGAAACAUAAGAAUAACGACCCUGAUUAUGAAGUCAAAAUUGAAAACAAUUUGAGAAAAAUUGAGCCAUACUAUUUCACUUAUAAGACAUUUUGUAAAUUAAGAUGGAGAGAUAAAAAAUUGUUAGAUGUCUUCACCAAUGAGUUUAGGGAUAGAAGUAAGGACUAUUAUAAGGAAGCCAUUGAAAACGGUUCUGUUUAUUUGGAUGAUCAACCGGCUACAAUUGAUAGUGUGAUAAGAAAUGGUCAACUAAUUACACAUAAAAUACAUAGACAUGAACCACCUGUCACUGCCAAACAAGUUAAAAUUGUGUAUCAAAAUGAUGAUAUUGUUGUGAUUGACAAACCUAGUGGUAUCCCAGUUCACCCAACAGGAAGAUAUAGAUUCAAUUCUGUAACCAAAAUGCUAGAAAGAGAAUUAGGUUUCACCGUUCAUCCAUGUAAUAGAUUAGAUAAACAAACUAGUGGAUUAAUGUUUUUGGCAAAAACACCAAAGGGUGCGGACGAAAUGGGAGAUCAGUUAAAGGCUAGAGAGGUCUCGAAACAGUACAUUGCAAGAGUUGUAGGGGAAUUCCCAGUUGAAGAAGUAAUUGUUGAUAAACCAUUAAAGACAUUAGAGCCUCGCGUAGCUCUUAAUGUUAUAUGUGAAGACGAUGAUCCAGAUGGGAAACAUUCCAAAACUGUAUUUAAACGUAUAAGUUAUGAUGGAGAAACCAGUAUUGUAACCUGUAAACCAUUAACUGGAAGACAACAUCAAAUUCGUGUUCAUUUACAAUAUUUAGGUUAUCCAAUUGCCAACGAUCCAAUAUAUUCAAACCCUCAUAUCUGGGGUCCUAAUUUGGGCAAAAAUAGGGAAGCAGACUAUGCCCAUGUCAUUAAAGAAUUAUAUGAAGUUGGCAAGACCAGACCUGCACAAAGCUGGUAUUAUCCAAAUGCUCAAGGUGAGUCUUUAAGGGACGAAAAGUGCUCUCUUUGUAAAACAGAUCUAUACACAGACCCUAAUCCAGAAGAUUUAAUUUUAUGGUUACAUGCAUACAAAUAUGAAUCCAAUCUAUAUGAUGAACAUACAGGGAAAAAGAAAUGGUCAUAUAGAACACAAUUCCCUGAUUGGGCACUUGUACCUCAUAAAAAAUUUAUAGAACUAGCUAUAGAGCAAGCAAAAAAAUGUGAACCUACUACUACAGCAUUUAAUGUUGGUGCUGUACUAGUCAAUGGCACAGAAAUAUUAGGAACAGGCUACUCUAGAGAAUUGCCAGGAAACACACAUGCAGAACAAUGUGCAUUAGAAAAAUAUUUCGCCGAAGUUGGAAAGAGAGAUGUGCCUCCGGGAACAGUUUUAUAUACCACUAUGGAACCAUGCUCAUUAAGAUUAAGUGGAAAUCAGUCUUGUGUACAAAGGAUAUUGAUGCUUGAUGGAAACAUCCAAACAGUGUUUUUUGCUGUCUCUGAGCCUGAAACCUUUGUAGAGAACAAUACUGCUACUUGCUUAUUUGAUAAUGCAAAUAUCAAUUAUAUCAACAUUCCCGGAUAUGAAGAUGAAUGUCUUAAGAUAGCAUUCAAAGGUCAUAAUAAUGAAGAAAAAUAG